GUCACCACUUUUGUGCUUUUUUUUCAUAGUUCAUGUCUUCCAAUAAGUCUGAUGUUAAAAUGACUGACAUUAAUGUAAUCUUAAACGCCCAGAAAACAUUUACAACAGAACUCUUGACGAGGCAAUUUAAAAACUGUGAAAAUGUCCAGUCAUUUUGGGCAAGUAAAAAUAUGAUCUUAAAUUUAAAUCUGCACAAGACAUGACAUGUGUUAUGUCAGCAUACAACCACUGCUGCCUUGCACAUCAAGGUUAUUGCUAAAGAGAUCAGCUGUUCAGAGUGCUCAAGCUAAUCGUGUAUUUAGAUCACUUGAAUGAAAAGUUGAGUGGAAGGAAAAAUGCAGUUGAAAAUUAGGUUUGAGAUAAUUGUGAAUCAAACCAUAUUCAGAAUUUUGGUGUUUGCUGCAGCUGUUUUUACUACUCCAAUGGUAGACGCUGCUUUCAAGUGGUAAAUGAAGGGCUCAGACUCAGAUGAAAGAAUCUGAGUCUGAUUCUUUCAUCAGUGCAGAAUCUAAUUUCUUUGAGGUCCAGAGUAAAGUUGGGACCAAGAUCAUGUCAUCUCAAUUUGUUGGCUCACUGUGUUUCUCAAAUCCAAAGUUUUCAUCCAUCCAGGAUGUUAGAGAGAACUCCAUGCUUCCCUCUGCUGAACAGCUUCAUGAAGAGACCCAUCUCAGCAACGCCCAAGUGUUGAGGACAUAAACUGAACUAGCCUGGUAAAAACCAGCCCCUUGUACACUUUGCUUCGUACAGGUCUGGGCUCUCAGCUGUUGAGAAACAAUUGAUUCCUGGAGGCGUGGACUGUGAUGAGGUUUUAAAUUGUAUUCAGUUGCUAAAGUUUGCCAAUGACAUAUGUAAUGCUGCAGUUUAUGCCAACAAGCUUCCUGGAAAUUGCCUGCGCCGUAAGCAACCAUCCUCCACUGCGCAGAGAGAAAUGCUGAAUGGAACAAGGCGGUUGUUAAUGUUAAUUCAAUAUAUGGAAGCGUGACCAACACAGGCUGAACGGCUUCGUUCACAACCUCCACUGCCAWUGCUCAAACUGCAGGCAGACUGCAAUUCUAAAACAACGCAGAAAAUCAACAACGCUCACGACUUCUUCUGUUCGCUAAAGAUAUCAAAAAGACAAUCCAAGUGAAGGGAAGAAAGCCCACACGCUGCUGGAAGCGGGAACGUUUUCCGAGCGAAAUUUCACAGGAAGGCAAUAGAGGGACAUGUUUUUUCAAAGUAGGCAAACUUUUUAAAUCCUUUUUUGUCAUUGGUCUGAAGGGAUGCUCUUCUAAUUUUCUGCAUUCAAUAGCACUCUUUAAUAGCCAGCUUAUUUAGCAAUAGUCUUUUGUGGCUUUCCCUCCUAGUCAAGGGAGUCAACAAUGGUUGGCUAAAUGGCUGUCAAAUAAUCUUUCCCAUGAUUAUGUGGAAGAAAUCAUCACAUUUUCUUAAAACAAAUGUUUAUUGGUCUCCUAUCAUUUUCUAAGAACCAGAAUGUUGAAACUCAACAGUAAAUUGGAAUAAUCCAAAUUAUUAGAGGUAAAUAAAUAAUUGAAAUGAACAAACUCUUCCAUUACCUUGUGAUUCAUUUAAAACCCUGAUAUACAGAAGCUGUGCUUCCCUCUGCUUAACAGCUUUAUGAAGAUACUAAUCUGAUAUUCUAGAGCUUAUAUUAUACGUCCAAGUGCUGAGGACAUAUGGACAUACUUUUUAUUAGGGAUGUUUUUCAAAUCCAGUUUCUGUUAUUGCUCUAGUGGCAUACUAUUUUAAUUUAAAAUUCACAGCAAUCUUAGAGCCAGCUUCCUUAGCAACGACCUUUCAUGGCUUCCUCUCCUUGUGCAGGGAGUCAGCCUUCAAGUCAGCAGUCUUCCUCAUGAUAGUGUAGAAAACAUCACAUUGUCGUGCAUUUUAUUGGUCUUUUGUAAUUUUCUAAGAAACACAAUUUUUCCAUUGGUUAACAUUAAAUUAGAAUAAUCCAAAUUACAAGAAGUAAUUAAAUAAUUGAUAUUAACGAACUUUCCCAUUAUAUUACCUUCUGACUGAUAGAUGUGAGGUCUAGACAAAAUUUCCAUCUGAUCACACGGCACAAAAACCUGAAUUAAAAGAUAUACGCAGCAUUACCUGUGGACUAUGAAUAAAAUAAAUAAAUAAUCUACUCAGAAUACACGUAAAAUUUAGGCUGAUGCAAAUGUGUAAAGAGGAAUUUCCCUUGUUCUAUAAAAAGGUCAUGUCAACCCAAUAAAUAGAGCUGGGAAGCAGAAAGAACUUCACCUUCCUGACCGUCUGGUCCAGAUCACCCUCAUCAUAAUGGAGUUUCUAACCCUCUCAGUCGAGCUGCUCAUCCUCCUCUCUGUGCCCUCCCGGCUGGCGAACGGCGUCGCCUCCCCGCUGACCUUCGAAGUCACCGACCCGAUGACCGGCAACCCUCUGCUCUGUGACCGCUGCCCGCCGGGAACCUUCCUGCGCGCCAGAUGCUCCUCCAUCAAAAAGAGCGAGUGCGCUCCGUGUCCACAGGGCUCCUUCACGGAGCUCUGGAACUACAUCGGGAGAUGUUUGCGCUGCAGAGUCUGCGGGCGGAACCAGGUGGUGAAGAAGGAAUGCACCGCAGACAGCGACCGUCAGUGCGAGUGCAAGCAGGGUUACUUCUACCGUCAGGACUACGACAUGUGCGUCCGACACAGAGAGUGUCCCUCUGGGCAGGGAGCGCUCACCAAAGGUACACCAGAGAGAGACACAGAGUGUGGAAUCUGCUCUGUUGGCUCCUUCUCUGAUGUUUCCUCCACUGAUCAGAAGUGCACACAGCACAGGAGCUGCAGCGCCGCAGGGCUGCAGUUGGUGCUGAAAGGCGCCGCCUGGCACGACAACCUGURUGCAAACUGCACAGACCUAAAAGACGGAGGUGAAUAUCUCAAAGAAAUCGUCCCCGCCUUCUUCAUUCAUCACAAAAUAAAAAUGAAACGGCUGCGUCGAGUGGUGAACAAGCUUCCAUCUGACGACGUCAGAAAGCAGGAAGGAACUUUGGAGCUCAACUUCUCAGAACUUCACUCACGCAUCAGCAGCUGGGUUUCAUCUGCCACUCCGGUGCAGAUCCGGCAGCUUCCAGCCAUUCUGAUUAAACUGAGAGCGUCUCACGCAGGAGAAAAACUACAGAAGAAGAUGAAUGGAAUUGACAAAAAUCUAUUAAAGCUGUGCCAUUUAGGAAAUAAUAGGGAGGUAAAUUUAAAUUAAACUUUGGCUUAAUUGAAAUCAGUUUUUUUUUUCUUGCACAUGUCAUUUCAAAUAUUUCACAGGCUGCUUUGUUAUGAUGAGACUUGAUGUUUUUGUGUCAUAUCAACAUGCUGUCUUACUUCUGUUUUUGCAAGCUUUGACACUUUAUGCCAAGUUAAAGAAAAGCUGGAGCUUUUAAUUGAGUUUUAGGAGGUAGAAUUUGCACUGAGGGCAUCUAAAAGAUGUUAAAGGGGCAGUAUUAUGUAAAGUCAACAUCUUUGAGAUUUACAUCAUGUUGUAAUGUUCUUUCCUCAUCAAAACCAUACCUGGACUGAUGCCUUGAUUCUUUCAUGCAUGUUUGAGAAAUCCUUAGCAAUCCAUCUCCAUAGCAACCAGUUGGGGCAAAACGCUUCAACUGGUUGCGGAGCCGCCUUCGAUACGCAGGUGGAGCAGCAGUUUCCAAGCUUUUGCUUCACAGAGCGGCUCUCCCCCACUGAGCUCCUUCAGACUAGCCAGCAGCAAUUAGCAAACACCUGGUGGAAUUGCGCAUCAGCUGAGGUCUUUAUAGGAGCUCACCUGGUUGUGGAAUGUUGCCAAAAACAAUGCUAAGGGGUUAAUAGAGGGGUGCUGUUGUGAUGACUUUCUGAAGGCAGAGUUGCAGAAGGAAAAUUAGUUUUUAAAGAGACAGAGGCCUCAAUUCAACACA